AUGAACCGCUGUGGUCUGCUGACAGUCCAGAAGGUACAAGUUCCUCUGAAGAGCAUUGAAGUGGAGCUGGAGGUGAGGGACCAUGUGGCUACAGUGGUCUCCACUCUGCUCUACCAGAACAAGGAGGACAAACCACUAGAGGCUGUUUUUGUCUUCCCUCUGCCUGGAGAUGCUGCUGUCUGUCAUUUCAGUGCUAAGAUUGGACAGGCACAGAUUGUAGCUGAGGUGAAGGAGAAACAGCAGGCUCGUGAGGAGUAUGAUGAUGCAUUGAGCUCCGGUCAGCAGGCCUUCUUAUUGGAGGAGAGUGAUCAGAGCCCAGAUAUAUUCUCUCUGAGUGUGGGCAGUCUGCCUCCAGGAGAGAGCGCCUCCAUCAGGCUGGAGUACGUCACUGAGCUGGCUGUGCAGGCUGAUGAUGGGCUGAGGUUUUGUCUGCCUGCUGUACUCAACCCUCGCUACCAACCUCAGGGAAGUGAAGGUGGCAGCCUCCAGGUGACGUCUGUUCCAGCCUCUCUGGUGCCCUACAGUCUGUCUUUCUCUGCCCAGGUGUCCUCUCCUCGUCCAGUCUCUAAAGUAGAGUCCAGCUGUUCCCUGGACCCUCUCCAGUACCUCAACACAGAGCAAACCCAGGCUACGGUCAAGUUGACUGCAGGACACAAGUUUGACAGGGAUAUUGAACUGUUGAUUUAUUACAAAGAUGCCCACCAGCCCACUGCUGUGGUGGAGGCAGGACAGACCUCUGCCAAGCCUGGCACUCUGAUGGGUGAUCCAGUGGUGAUGCUGAGCCUGUACCCUGAGUUCCCCCAGGCUGUGAUGUCUUCAGUGGACUCAUGUGGAGAGUUUGUGUUCUUAAUCGAUCGAUCAGGAAGUAUGAGUUGUCCAAUGGAUAACAGCAACCCACAACUGACUCGCAUUGGCAGUGCUAGGGAUACUCUACUGCUCCUGCUGAAGAGUUUACCAAUGGGCUGCUACUUCAACAUCUACAGUUUUGGGUCCAGAUAUGAGCACAUCUUCCCUAAGAGUGUGGAGUACAGUGAGAAGACUAUGGAAGAGGCUCUGAAGAAAGUUGAGAACAUGGGUGCUGAUCUGGGAGGAACAGAGAUCCUGCAGCCCCUAAAACACAUUUACAGUCAGCCCUGCAUUCCCAGUCAACCAAGACAACUGUUUGUCUUUACUGAUGGAGAGGUGGGGAACACCAAAGAAGUUAUAAAUCUGGUGAGGGAGAACUCAGGCUCCCACAGGUGUUUAUCUUUUGGGAUCGGGGAAGGGGCCAGCUCUGUUCUUAUCAAUGGUUUGGCCAAAGAAGGAGGAGGUCACGCUCAGUUCAUCACAGGAACUGACAGGAUGCAACCAAAAGUGAUGCAGUCGCUGCGAUUUUCCCUGCAGCCAACUGUGGUGGACAUCUCAGUCACAUGGGAUUUACCAAAGGGAGUGUCUGUCACUGUCCUCUCUCCACCAAUCACAACAAUUUUCCAGGGUCAAAGGUCAUUGAUUUAUGCCCAGCUCACUGGACAGAGUCCAGAGGCAGCAGAGGGCUGUGUGACGGUGAAGUACAGCCUGGCAGGUCAUCCAUCCCACAACCAGCUCCACUUCAGUCUCAAACCUGCAGAGGACACUGGGUUGACUGCUCGGACUCUGAUUCGCUCCCUGGAGAUGGAGGAGAGAGAGCGCAGAGGACAGCAAGAUGGAGGAGUGAAGAAGAAGGUGGUGGAGCUCAGUGUCCAAUCAGGAGUGAGCAGUUCCUUCACCGCCUUCAUUGCUGUCAAUAAAGGUGACGGCGAGGCCAUUCAAGGGCCUCUGUUGCGCAGAAAUGUCCCAGCACCCGGUGCUGAAGAGGUUGUAGAGGAGGAAUUAAUUGAAAAUGGAAGUUUUCUGGACGAGUAUGAAGAAGGUGGGGAGGACAUUUUAGAGAGGGAAUUACCGAAAGAGGGAGGUUUUCUGGAAACACCCUGUUACGGAGUUGAAGAAGACUCCUUCGAUGAUACAUUUGAAGUUAUUGAGCCUAAGCGGCCUCGAAGAGACUCUUUCCUGCAGUUGGUUUCUCUCCAGAAGGCAUCUGGCUGCUGGCUGCUUGAACCACAUCUGGCUGCUGUACUGGGAAAGACCAGCGAGGAGGUGGAAAUCCCCAAACCUGCAGAGGUGAAAGAGGAAGUUUGGGCCACCAUUCUGGCUCUGAUCUGGCUUCAUGGUUUCAAGUCGGAUGUUCAGGAUGAGUGGCAGCUUCUGGUUAUGAAGGCUGCGUCAUGGCUCCGUGCUCAGAAAGCACCAUGUGUGACAGAAUGUGUGAAAGCUGGAAAUGCACUGUUGCGAUGUGAGGUGCAGAAAGAUUCCCUGGGGAUUUAAGGCUUUAUAUAUAUUUAUACUUUAUAUUUAUAUAUCCAUAACCAAGGUGACUU